AUGCAUCACGAUUUAUUCGUAGCCUUGAUGGGAGUUACAGGUGCUGGGAAGAGCACAUUCAUUUCGCACUGCACCGAGGAGAAUGUGGGCGUAGGAGAUGGAUUGAAGUCUUGCACUCAAGAGGUCCGAGUUUUCAAGUGCAACUACAGCCCGACCGUCACUAUUCACCUUGUUGACACGCCAGGAUUUGACGAUUCGGACAGAAAAGAUACUGUAGUCCUCAAGGAGAUUGCAGCAUGGCUCACAUACUCAUAUACCCAGAAGGUCCGUCUCAGUGGUAUACUCUAUCUUCAUCGGAUUAGCGACCCCCGAAUGCAAGGCUCCGCAAAAUUAAACCUCUCAGCUUUCAUAAAACUCUGCGGGCCAGAAGCAUUGAAAAAAGUUGUCCUUGCCACAACGAUGUGGGAGGCAUUGAAAGAGGAUAGUGAUGGUGCACGCCGCGAGAAAGAGCUGAUGGAAACUCCCGAAUUUUGGGGCUGGAUGAUGUCUCACGGCUCCCAAGUCCGGCGCCACCAAAAUAAUCGACAGUCAGCAAUGGAACUUCUCAGUAUGUUUGUUCCUGAAUCUGCCACAGCACAGCCUGAAUUCGUGACGCUUGAGAUUCAGGUAGAAAUGGCGGAUAAUCAAGUAUCUCUUGAUAAAACUAAAGCUGGAGAGCAACUUGCUGGUGUUUUCGCGAAAGAGAAGGAAGAAUUAACAAAGGAACUGGAAGAUGUACGCGCUAUGAUGAAAUCUGCACAAGAGGAACGGGAUCUUGAGCUUGCGAAGUUACUUCAGGAGCAACAAAACGAAAUGGAUCGGAGAGUGGCUAGAUUGCAAGAAGAGAGACAACAACUCCAGAUCACAAUGGAAAAGCUACAUGCCGAAAAGAUGGCUCGACUCGAAGAAACACUUACAGAGCAGAGAGCAACAACUGAGAAAAUCAGUCAAUCUCUGGAAGAGAUAGAGAAGCGUCGAAUGCGAGAGGAAUGGGAAGCAAAGAUAGAGAAGACUCGUCGGGAAGAGGAGAAGCAAGAGCACCAGCGCAAAAUCGAAGAGCUGACGCGGAAGUUAAGCGACACGACUGUACCACCGGCUACGACAUCUCCAGUAUCUGCCACACAUUCAAAGCCAAAUGAUGCCAACUCAAAGCCAGGCAAGGGGAAGAAAAAAUCAGCCAAGAACAAUGAAUCAUCCAAGAACAACGACUCGUCAAAUGCUCCCAGGAUGCUUUCACUUUCGUCCUUAGGCCUCGAGACGAUGAAUAAGGUGCUUUUCUCGCCGGACGGAAGGUAUGUAGCGAUCCUAGCACAUGGGUGGCGCUCACUUUUCGUUCUCAAAAUCGAUGACGAUAAGUCGGUCCGUGAGAAGAUAUGGGAUAGAACAUUUUCUCAUUCCGAAACACGGAUUCUAGCGUUCUCCCAAGGUGGGUCAUACCUCGCAACAGGUGCAGACGACGGAGACAUCUGUGUAUUCCAACUUGACCGACCCAAUCCUCUCAGAAAUUACUACAUCCACUGGCAAUUCUACGAAGAUCGGAUUCUCUCACUUAUGUUCACCACAGUGAAGUUGGACCUGUCCAUUGUGGUCGGUAUGAUUCCGAAAGCAGCAAAGAAAGGAAUGUUUGGAUCCAAGACACCUAAACCUUACGUCACAGUCUUCAAGCUCCAGUCCAGUGCCGAUGGUAAAGUAUAUCCCUCUUCCAUGUUCCAAGCCGACAAUGCUUGUCUUUCCCCAGACAACACAUUACUUGCUACGGCCGACGAGACACAGCUCCGAAUGUAUACGAGAGCAUUCGAAAAGAAGAUACCAACGUACAACUACCUCAAAAUGCAAAGUUGUCGGUCUUUAGGACUGAACUUCGCAUCUUCCAAUAGAGUUUGGGCAUUCUAUCGCCCGAAUGAUGGUUGGCAAGACGAAUACCUUUUGUGGGACGGCUCAACUGAGUGUCCCACCGCGCCCAAUUGGGGGGUGGUAAACUUCAAAUCGUCGCAUAUUGCAGGUUCGAAGGAUGGGAGAUUCGUUGCGUUUGGGACUGACGACCCUACACUGAAAGAUGGUGGAUCAACCUAUGUUAAAGAUAUCUUGAAGCAUGAUGCAACUCCAGCUAUAUUGGAGGUUUCGGGUUUAACGAAGCCGCUGGGCAUGGCGUUUGUUGGGACUGAGGAUAAACUCGCUGUGGCUUUUGCGGAUAAGAUAGUGAUUUGGGAUAAGGUUCAUUGGGACAAGUAGAUCUGUAUUUAUGAGAAUAAUAUUUAAUCAAUGGCUG